UCCUUUGCUCUACAACACUCAGAUUAAAGCGCCAGUGGUUUAAACGCAACAAUGCUGAAGUCUGGAUUAGAACCCGGACUCUUCUCUCGGGAUCCCCCGCUGGUUCGUCCACAUUCGCAGCCCUCGUCCUCCGUUCAGUCUCCGUGCGCGUAACCGCCUCGCCGCCGCCCCCGCGCUCCUCCGCGAGCAGCAUCAGCUGAUCAGCGUCACGUGGUCCAGCUCUCUGGUCGCCCUCUUUUUUUCUCGUUGCAAAAUGGAGUUGUCUGAGUGUGUGCAGAGAGGACUGCGCUCUCUCGCAGACUCGUCCUCCUUUGACCACAGCGGCUUCCAGGUGCUGGUGGACGCCUCUUUCCGGAGCCUGCUGUCCGCUCACGGAGACCCGGGAGUCCUCGAUCAGCCCGAGCUGAAGCAGAUCGACCAGAUCCUGUUGAAGCAGACUCACACCGCAGCCACCACCUUCAUCCUGGAGGCGGUCAAACACAACGCAGACAAGUCCACCGUCAGCUCCUGCCUGGAAGAACUUGCAUUCAGUGCAGAGAGAGUAGAAAUAUUCUAUAGCUCUUAUCAGACGCAUAAAAAAGAAGUGGGACGUCUCUUAGGAAGCAUAGGAAGGCGAGCGCCUCACGUGAACGACGUUUCAUGGCGUCUGCAGUAUCACAUGAAGAACGGACAGGUGGAUAAGGUCAACGAGCCUGGCUACUUGAUUUCACUGAACACAGAGAGUCUCGGAUCUUCUGAAGACAUCAACUUCACUUGCUCUGUGGAGCAGCUACAGGACUUGGUGGGAAAGUUAAAAGACGCUGCCAAGAGUGUGGAGAGAGCCAGUCAGAUGUGAUGCCGGUGUCUGGUUUCCUCUCCUUCAUCAUCGCUCUUUCCCUCCUCUCUUCCCUCUACACCUGAGACUGAAAACGACCUGUAUUCAUUUGAACAUGUUUUUUUUCUAUUAAAAGAGAAAGAAAUCCA